CUCGCUCCAGAGCAGAGCAGAGCAUCCCCUCCCCUGUCGCUCUCACUUUCAUCUGCGAGGCUCCUGCUUCUCGGACCCGACGCAAAAACAGGGGAUACCUCUGAGGAUGAGCCGCAGCAACAGGAAGAGCUCAUCAAAGGGCCUUGACCUGAAGCUCAACCUCUCUCUGCCUGCAAGAGGGGACUCCUCCAACAGGGCGAUGGCUGACGAGGAGUCGUCCCCGAGCUCAUGCCUGUCGUCGGAGAACGAGCAUGGCCUGCAGUGGUCCAACAGCCCCGAGGCGACGUCCAUGGUGCUCGCUGCCUGCCCUCGCUGCUUCAUCUACGUCAUGCUCCCCCAGGAUGACCCUCGGUGCCCCCAGUGCAAGAGCCCCGUGCUCCUUGACUUCCUGCAAGACAAUAGCAACAAUAACAACAACACCAACAGCAACAGCAGGAAGAGCAGGAGGGGGUGAAAGAAGAAUGAGGAGGAGAGGCUCCAUUCGGCAGCACCGACAUCAAGAAAAAGCGUUUAUAUGAAGUCCUAGGUCCACUAGUUCUCUUUCGUUUGGUCAUUUCUUCAGUGUAACCAUGAUAUGUCAGUAUUAAAAUUGUGAGACUGGCAUGUAUCCAUGUGCUGGUGUCACGAUUUUGACAUAUCAUGGAUACACUGUGGACUAUAUCCCCUCUCCUGAGUUCUUCUUCAGUGGUUCUAAUGAAGUAGUUUGUUAGGCAUAGGACCAGACUUCUUCUCUUCUGUUUCUUACUUUCAAGACAAGAAAAGUUUACCCCUGAAAAUCUCAAGUUGCGCCGGAUGAGUAUUAUUCUGAAACAUCUAUGACAGACAAGCUUCUGCGA